CAAUUAAGGGGAGACAGCAGAUGACAAGCGUUUGGCCAGGAGCUGAUGGGGGUCAAUACACCAGUCCAAUUUCCCAACAGAUAAAUGCAAUUAAAGAGUAUCACUUACCCAGCUUGCCCAGGAGGACCAGCACAUAAAUGGGCACAGCCAGGCAUCAGGUGCUGUCCUGGCAGGAUGCAGAACUCCAAGAGCAAGCCCUGCUCCUGCCCCAGCCUCAAGCUGCGGGAGAUGGUAUCCAUGUACUUCACCAUGGUGGCGGCGUUCCUGGUCAUCCUGGUGGUGGCUCUGCAGGGCUCGGUGCCCCACGAGAGUGAUUUCCCCUACACGGUGCCCCUGGAUCCCCAGGGGCUGCUGGAGCUCUCCUGGAAUGUCAGCUACCCCGAGCAAGCCGUGCAUUUCCAGCUCCUCAUCAGGGACCUGCGGUUCGGGCUCCUCUUCGGGAUGUCGGACAGGGGCGAGUUUGAGAACGCGGACCUGGCCGUGCUCUGGAGCGAUGGGCACAACUCCUACUUUGGGGAUGCCUGGAGUGAUGCCAGGGGGCAGCUCCACAUGGAUUCCCAGCAGGACUAUCAGCUCCUUGGGGCUCGCAGGGCUCCUGAGGGGCUCUACCUCCUCUUCAGAAGAGCCUUCAGCACCUGUGACCCCAAGGACUACCUGAUAGAGGAUGGCACCGUGCACCUGAUCUACGGCAUCCUGGAGAAACCGGUGCAUUCCCUACAAGCCAUCAACGUCUCUGCCCUCCACGGGGGGCUGCAGAGGGUGCAGCUGCUAAAACCCAACAUCAGCAUCCCUGAGCUGCCCAGUGACAUGAAGACCAUGGAGAUAACAGCCCCAGAUGUUGUCAUUCCCAGCCAGGAGACGACCUACUGGUGCUACAUGGCAGAACUCCCAGAGGGCUUCCCCAAACACCACAUCAUCAUGUACGAGCCAGUGGUCACGGCGGGCAAUGAGGCUCUUGUGCACCACAUGGAAGUUUUCCAGUGCGCGGCCGAGUUCGACAGCUUCCCCCACUACAACGGGCCCUGUGACUCCAAGAUGAAACCAGAGCGCCUCAACUACUGCAGACACGUGCUGGCAGCUUGGGCCAUGGGGGCACAGGCUUUCUAUUACCCUGAAGAAGCAGGUCUUGCCUUUGGUGGCCCAGGCUCCUCCAGAUAUUUGCGUCUGGAGAUCCAUUACCACAAUCCCCUGGUGUUCAAAGGUCGCCGUGACUCCUCAGGGAUCCGUCUGUACUACACGGCCACACUUCGUCCUUAUGAUGCUGGAAUCAUGGAGCUGGGCUUGGUGUACACCCCAGUGAUGGCCAUUCCCCCUGGAGAGGACAGCUUCAUCCUCACAGGGUACUGCACUGAUAAAUGCACCCAGCUGGCUCUUCCCGCUGCUGGCAUCCGCAUCUUUGCCUCCCAGCUCCACACACACCUGGCAGGGAGGAAAGUGGUGACGGUGCUGUCCCGGGACGGGAGGGAGCGGCAGGUUGUGAACGCUGACAGACACUACAGCCCUCACUUCCAGGAGAUCCGCAUGCUGAAGGAAGUGGUCGCUGUUUUUCCGGGCGAUGAACUCAUCACCACCUGCACAUACAACACCGAGGAUCGGAGCAGAGCCACCGUGGGAGGGUUUGGCAUCCUGGAAGAGAUGUGUGUGAACUACGUGCACUACUACCCCCAGACCCAGCUGGAGCUGUGCAAAAGCGCUGUGGAUCCAGGCUACCUGCACCGCUACUUCAACCUUGUGAACAGGUUUAACGAUGAGGAGAUCUGCAUGUGCCCACAGGUGUCUGUCCCACAGCAGUUUCACUCCAUCCCCUGGAACACCUUCAACAGGGAUGUGCUGAAAUCCCUUUAUGGCUUUGCUCCGAUCUCCAUGCACUGCAACAAAUCCUCUGCAGUCCGGUUCCCGGUAGGUACAGCCUCACCCCCAAAGCUUCCCGACAGAAUUCCCAGGUGUAAGUUGUGUCUGAGGUGCUCAGGACACAUCCAAACCCAGCAGGCUCAGGGCAGGGGACUGGACCUGCCUGGAAAUCCCUGGCUGAUGCAGGACAUGGAGCCCAGUCCUGCUCUGUGCUUGGACAAUAGAUCUGGAGCCCACCAUGGAUGCUCCCAGCCAGAUCCAGUUAGGAGAUGCAUUUGCAUAAAGUGAUUUGGAGGCUGCUUUUGCUGACUGGUAAAGUAGGGCCAGAUCCAAGGAGAAACAUGAGGUGGUUUUUAGGAUUUUGGCAAAUCACUCCAGGUCCCAGCAGAGUGAGUUCAUUACACACAGCAUCUGUGCAGCCUCCGAAUGUGGUGACCCAGCAAAAUGUGAAGGAUAAAGGACUGGGAGGUCUGUAAAAUAAAUUCAGGCCCAGAGACAUGGGGACAUGAUGAUGAUGGUGAUGAAGAUUUAAAACCACUGCUGGCAUCAGCUUCCAAUGCCAUUUAUCAGUAUAAUAAAUUUGGAUGAUACCUUGUUCCUGGAUCCAGUGCUCUCCACUGCAGCACAGGAGGAUGCUGAGCUGAUUGCAGGGUUGACCAUCAGCUUUCUGCCACAGUAAAUUCCCUUUAGCAAAGUUUCACUCUGGAGUGGGCAGAAACCUUUCCAGUUUCCUGGAACUGGACACCAUGCACCUCUCAGCCAUGCAGAGCUUUGCUGCAGGGAUAGAAGUGGUCCAGAAUUUUUGUGCAGCAGGAGAAUUAUGAAUUAAACCUCUUAAUUUAUGACCCAGACAACUCUCUUGAUUUCAGAGAGAUCUUGGGGGCUGUCAGGAAGGGACUUGAGGAGACCAGAGCCAAUGCUGGCACAAAGUGGUCACGAGCAUUGCAGUGAGGGUGAAGGAGCCUCUGCCCCACUGGGGUUUCAGAGUGAGCCCAACUUGGGAGACAUCUCAUUUAUUCCAUACUGUUUCUGCCAAGAGAAAAGCACCAGCUUCUAAUUAAGCUCAUGUUCUUGCAGUUCAGUGAUCCCAAAUCUGAUGAUUUCUGGAAGGAACUGAGUGCUGUUACCUAUCGAGCCAAAUCUCAAGGUAACACUGGUGAGCAGCAGCGGGGAUGGUGUCAUCCCCAAAUUCCCCUGCACCCUUGAGGGCUUGCAGUAAACUCUCUCUGUUCUGAUUUCCACUUGAAAGCACUGAAAACCACAACUCUCACGACACUCCAAUGCCUUUGAUCUCUCCAAAAAGCAGGCUCAGGGUUUGGGAUGUAUCAGCAGGGCAGAUGCUGCAGCAGAUGGGCUCAGGGCUGGAGCUGAACCCUGGAGCAGGAGCACCCCAAGGAUGCUUAACUGCUCCUCUAAGCCAUAAGGGCACAGGAGAGGAGUUGUUUCUCCAGCUGGUGCUCCCCUGGAAUGCUGUCCCCUCUCUGCUCACUCCCCAUGUGCUUUGGAAAGGUCCCUCCAUCCCACUCCAUCAUUCCCCAGGGUUUUCCUGGUGCUGCUGCAGGCUCUGGCCCGUUUUGCUUGACAUACCAGGAGAAAUUUCAGCUGAAAACAUAAAUUCCACUUUCAUCUUGCUGAUGACUCACGGCUCUACCUCUCCUCUCCAGACCUCCCUCCUCCUGCUCACCCUGCAGCUUAGCCUCUCGCUGACAUUUCCACAUGAACACGCAGCCAACAGCCAAACCAGAGCAUCACCACCCUGGAGCUGAGCCUCCCCAGGCCCUCUGAGCUGCCCACAUCUCCCCCAGCCACCAGGCUAGGCCAGUGUCACAUCUGAGUUAGAUCCUGCUCAGCAGGCUCAGCCCUGGACACCGCCUGCACCUGGCAGGUUGUUUUUUGCAGGGAGCAUCCCCAAGAUGAAGUGUUUCCAGGGAUGUACAGAGUGGGGGGAUUUGUCCUGGCUGUGGUCACCCACCAGGAGCUCUGAUGGCUGUGACAGCCCUUCCCUGGCUCUGCUCUGUGGCACCUCAGCCAGCCUUCUGCAUCCCUCCUGCUCCACAGCUGGAAAUUCCUGCCAGUGCCUGCUAAGGGAGCGUUUUCCAGAGCAUGGUGGGACUGUGGGACUCCCUGGUUUGAGCUGUCUCCACCUCACUUGGCAGGUAACGCUUUUUGGGGUGGAAACUCCCCAGCUGGGGUGCAUUUGUGGAACAUGGAGCACCUCAGACGCCUGUGCCACUCAGGGGAUGUGUAGGUGCUUCUGCACUAGGAAUAAUUAGUGAUGUCUCAUGAGAAAACACCCUGAUUUGGGCUAAAAACCACUUCAGACGUUAAAGCUCGUGUCAUCUCUCCAAGCAGACAGAAACACCGAGCCUCCAACACCUUCCUUCCUUUCUGGGGGAAUGAGUUUGCACCCUCCGUGCUCUCACGGCGCUG